AGAGACACGCCCCCGGUUUCUCAGACCAUGUGGUUGAUGAUAAACACAGUUUAAUAUCUCGCCAUGUUAAGCUUUUUGGUUUUAACAUUUGUUCGAUUUUAGUUCGAUUUCUUACCGCGCGCUCACUAUUAGCUGUCACCAUGUCUGUUUCCGAAGAUGUGAAUUUUGAAACCCAGAUUGCGUCUGUUUUGGAUUCACUUGCAAAGGUGGCGGUGGUGGAAAUAACGAAACUGUUCGAGAGUCGCUUCCUUGCUUCGGGAACCACUAUUCUCAUUGAAGGGCGGAGUGAACAAAAUGAAACCUUCCAAACAGUGGACGCUGUAAAAAAGUCUAGCAAAAAAUGUCUUCGCAGUAUCGGAGUUCAAGUGGAUGAGGAAACAACAACGUCCUUAGAGCUACAUGAAAACCCAAAACAGUGCUUGUCCUUGGAGGGAGGCAGUGGUUCUUUGAAUGGGAGCAAUGAGGAGGAGGUUCCUGCACAUCGUAUCCCCCUGCUGAAGGCUAAUCAGCCUGCUGAACUCAAGUGCUCUGUUCUAGAAGAGAAGGUUGUGGAGAUGGUGGAGGGGAUUAGUCUGGAAAAAAAAUCUUCAACAACCACUGAGCCAGAAGAAGAACAAGUGAUCUAUUCUGCCACUGUGGAUCCAAUCCACCUUUAUGUUCCUGUUCAAAGCUCCCCAACUAAGCAGAAACCCCAGCCCCUCAAGACAGAAACUGAGAAUGGAAUCAACAUAGAAUGUGAGAAUAAAGUCAUCAGCAAAAUGGUUCCAAAGGCAGAGGAGGACAUAACACGACAGCCUACAUGUAAAGAAAAGCCUACCCAGAUGGAGCCCCAGCAGGCCAGUUACAGCACCGCCAAAGGAACAGCCUACAGCCCAUCCUCCUCAGAUGGGGCUUUGGUUCCUGUACAGGCUAAGAGUAAGUUGAAAUUUAUGGGUGUAACAAACGCUCCCUCUGCUCUAAUGAAGAAAAAGGUGGAUGUCAAGCUGGACCAGACAAAGAAGAAGAAGGUGAACUUCAAGCUGGACCAGACAAAGAAGAAGAAGGUAAACUUCAAGCUGGACCAGACAAAGAAGAAGAAGGUGGACUUCAAGCUGGACCAGACAAAGAAGAAGAUGGUGGACUUCAAGCUGGACCAGACCUCCUUGGAGCAGAAGUUGACGAGGCCUUGCUCUGUCCAGCUGGUGAACCUGCUUUUGGUGCCCGGAAGAAAGAACUCUGGAGGGAAGAAGGCUAAUGGUAGCAACUGUCAUGACAACAAGAGGUUCCCCAUACCAAAGGACCUCAAGACCCACCAAGGCCUCCACACGGGCCGACGCCUCUGCUGCUUCACUCAAUGUGGGAACGGUGUCUGGCGGCUGCAAGGGGUCCUCUCCUCAAGCCGUGUCCAUGGCUGCAAGAUCUGUGGGAAGCGCUUCAAGCGCAGGAAGAUCCUGAGGAGGCAUGAGCGCUUCCACACCGGUGAGAAGCCCUACUCCUGCUCCCAGUGCUCCAAAACGUUCGCCCUGCGGAAAAGCCUCCGCAGGCACGAACGGUUCCAUACAGGGCAGAGACCUCACAGCUGCCCCAAGUGUGGGAAGAGCUUUCGUCUCAGGGACAAUCUGAAGGCUCAUCUGCGCUUUCACACUGGUGAGAGACCUUUCACCUGCUCCUUCUGCUCCAAGAGCUUCAGAAUCUUCCGGAAUCUUGAGAAACACAGCAUUGAUCACUUGGGAGCGACAGCGAAAUAGCACAUUUUCCGGCGAAAGACAACUGUGCUAAAAGCAUGAGCAGCCUUUUGUAGGCCACCUUACAAAACUGUCCUACCUCUAACUGAAACUACUGAAUGUCCAUUUCUCAUUAUAACCAACCAUGUUGGUUAUUUUUGAUAAGGUGCUAUGAUGGUAAAUUGCAAUCAGGUUUGGAUUGUCCAGAAUGAUCAUCAGUGUAAGCUUCAGUGGACACUGAUGUUGUUGACAGCCAUAAUGUUCUAAUACGGUAAGGGCCUGUUUUCCAGACACAGAUUAUGCUUAAUUUUAAACCAAAAAGUUAUUUCAAUGGAGUUUUUCUAUUGCGCAUGCUGGACUAGGCUUAAAGAGACUCUUUGGGAUUUUGGCAAUGAAGCCCUUUUAUCUACUUCCAGAGAGUCAGAUGAACUCAUGGAUACCAUUAUUAUGACUCUGCAUUCAGUUUGAAGGAAGUUGCUAACUAGCACAAUGACUGGAAGUCUAUAGUAACUGCUAGUAUGCUAGUAGAUAACAUAGAUUUCUGGUCAUUGCUCUAACGCUAGUUAGAAUUGGCUUGCGAAACUACAACACAUGACCAAAAGUAUGUGGACACCUGCUCGUUGAUAUCGGAAUGAGAUGGUCAAACUUUACAGUUGGCACUAUGCAUUGGGGCAGGUAGCGUUCUCCUGGCAUCCGCCAAACCCACAUUCGU